UCUAAUCUAAUCUAAUUUUCGCGUCAAUUUUUUCAGGGCUAUUUCUAGGGUUCGGCUCUCUCUCUCUCUCUCUCUCUCUCUCUCUCUCACAGGGUUUCAUUCUGAGUCCUGACUCUCAAUUUUGGGAUCUUCUUUUAGGCCUUUGAUUAUUUCUCAUCUCAAUUUUAAAUUAAGCUUUUCUUGCUUUCUUAUUGAGGUCGAAUAAGGGUUUUUUGAGUCGAUCUUUGAAAUUUUGAACCUUUGUUCGUCUAAAUUGUGAAACAAUGCCUCCGCGGAUGGUGAAGAGGGGUGCGGCAUCGGCGGGGCCGAAGAGAACGGCAAGAAACACCAGAGGGACCGCGAAGGCUCAGAAUCAGCCGCCGGAGCCUGCGGCCAAGGAGUCAGUGAAGGUCGAGGAAGUCUCGAUUCCGGUGGAGGAAGUCUCGAUUCCGAUCGUAGAGGAAUUCAAGGUCUUGGAAAAGCCGGUUGUCGUGAAACUGGAACAGGAAGCAAAAGCGGAUGCGAACGGCUUGGGUCCGGUGAGAAAAGACGACGAGGUGAAGGAGUCUGUAGAUGAAUAUGAAAAAGAUGAACGGUUGGAGCUGGAGGAUAAUGAACCUGAAGAAUAUGGUGGGGUUGAUUAUGAUGAGAAGGAAAUAGAACAUGAGGAUGUUCAGGAGGUGGGAGAUGCUGGGGAGGAAGAACAUGAGGAGGAUGCUGAUGAAGAAGAAGAAGAAGAAGAAGAAGAAGAAGAGGAAGAAGAAGUAGAGGGUGAUAUGGUUGAGGAGGAAAUGGAAGAUGUUCAGGAAGAACUUGAGGGCGAAGAGGAGGAUGAGCAUACUGGUGAGGAUCAAGAGCAUGCAGCACUGGUUGAUGCAGAUGAAGAGGAGCACCAUGAAGUUGUGAAGGAGAGACGCAAACGUAAAGAGUUUGAAGUAUUUGUUGGUGGCUUAGACAAGGAUGCAACUGAGGAUGAUCUUAGGAAAGUUUUCGGUGCAGUUGGUGAGGUUACUGAAGUCAGGUUGAUGAUGAAUCUUCAGACUAAGAAGAACAAGGGUUUUGCAUUCUUGCGUUUUGCAACUGUGGAGCAAGCAAAACGAGCUGUUACCGAGCUCAAACACCCGAUGAUUAAUGGGAAACGAUGUGGUGUUACUCCAAGCCAAGACAGCGACACCCUUUUUCUGGGUAACAUAUGCAAGACAUGGACAAAAGAAGCCUUGAAAGAGAAGUUGAAACAUUAUGGAGUUGAGAAUGUUGAGGAUUUGACGUUGGUUGAAGAUAGUAACAAUGUGGGAAUGAAUCGGGGGUUUGCAUUUUUGGAAUUUUCAUCUCGUUCAGAAGCCAUGGAUGCCUUUAAGCGCCUUCAGAAAAGAGAUGUUGUGUUUGGAGUUGAUAGGCCUGCAAAGGUUUCUUUUGCAGAUUCCUUCAUUGACCCUGGUGAUGAAAUUAUGGCACAGGUUAAAACUGUAUUUGUGGAUGGUCUGCCUGCUGCAUGGGAUGAAGACCGUGUCCGAGAGCUUCUUAGGAAAUAUGGAGAGAUUGAAAAGAUUGAGCUUGCCCGGAAUAUGCCUUCUGCCAAGAGAAGGGACUUUGGUUUUGUCACAUUUGACACUCAUGAUGCUGCAGUGACAUGUGCUAAAAGUAUUAACAAUGCAGAGCUGGGUGAAGGAGACAGCAAGGCUAAAGUUAGGGCCAGAUUGUCAAGACCACUUCAGAGAGGCAAGGGAAAGCAUGUUGGUCGUGGAGAUCUGCGAUCUAGUCAUGGGGCUGGACGAGUUGUGAGGAUUUCAUGGGGUCGUCCAACACCACGCAAUCUACCUGUGCAUGGAGGAAGAGGCAUUGGAAGUCGUGUCCCACCAGCCAGUAUGAAGAGACCUGUGGGAUUGAGAGAUAGACGCCCUGUUGUGUCCAUUCCAACGAGAGGCAGGCCCCCCUUGGCUCCUCCAGCUAGGCCCUAUUUCAGGAGAGCGCCUGUCAAUUCAUAUCCAAAAAGUAGCCUGAAGAGGGAUUAUGGUCGGCAUGAUGAACUUCCUCCAAGGAGCAGAGCUGCUGCAAUUUAUGGUCCUAGGGCCAUCCCAGAGAGACGCCAAUCAUAUAGAGACGACUACUCUUCCCGUGGUCCUGGUUACUCUAAUAUUCCUAGAAGUACAGCACGUCCAGCACCAAGGAGAGCGUAUGUGGAUGGUGGCUAUGGUCAUAGGUUUGAAAGACCUCCUCCUCCUCCUCCAAGUUACCGUGAGGGACGUGCCCAUGAUUAUGACUCCAUGUCUGGGUCAAAACGCCCAUAUGCUGCUCUGGACGAACCCCCACGUUAUGCUGACUCUGGUGUCCGCCAAUCUAGAGCUCGAUUAGACUAUGAAUAUGGUACUGGUGCUUCUCAGUAUGGUGAUGCUUAUGGUGAUAGGCUUGGGAGAUCUAAUCUAGGAUAUGGUGGUGGCAGAAGUUCUGCUUCAAGUCAGGAUUCACAUGGGCUUUAUAGUAGCAGUCGUCAGGGCAUGAGUUAUGGAGGAGGCUCUUUCGGUGGUAGUGAUGUUGGUAGAAUGUACUCAGCAAGCUAUGGUGGUGAUUAUGUGUCCCGUGGAAGUGAUGUUGGUGGUAGCUCUUACUCAUCAAUGUACUCUGGUCGUGGGAUGGGUGGUAGCAGUUACGCGGGAGCUGGUAGUUCUGGAUCAUAUUAUUAAGAAGCAUGGCAUCUCUUUGAUCUUCUAAGAGGUGUGCUUGGUAAUACUUGGAGCAAUGUGGUCACAAGUGAAUUUGUCUAUGGACAGAUGCGUCAUGACAAAGAUGCCGCUCUAGGAUGUGAACUAAAUGAAGCCUAUGCAUUAUGAUGCCUACAGUGGAGUGAAUGUGACAAGUCUAAAAGCCCUCAAGGAGGGGAUUUUUGUGGGACAAAGGAGCUGUGUUGGUUCAAGCCAUUUUAGAAAUCUACUGAAGUGCUAUUUUUCUAAGUUGGAAUAUAUGCCUGUAAGGAAAUUUUUAAUUGUUCAGAAAUGAAGACAAGAAGUGUGCUUAGCAUGCUAUGUGUAUGAUCACACAUUUUAUUUUCUGUAUGACUUCACUGGAUGGACAAAUGUGGAGGUGUGCUGCAUCAUCUGUUCUUCUGGACAGAGAAUGAUGAGAUUCAGGUUCUGUAAUUGGACAAGGAAUUUUGGGAGUCUUGUGAUUGAAUUCACUGGAAAGUUGUGGCUCGUACCUAGACACUGGUUAUUUUGGAUCACUAGCUCUUUUGAAGCAAUACAGCCUUCAUUGAAUAGGAAAGUGAGUGAACCGGCUACUUCUUGAAGGUAGUAGAUAUAAUGAGCUUUUCUGGAAUACCUAUGAAGUAUGGGAAAGUGGUCAUAGAAUGCUGGCCUUGAUUUCCUUUAGUUGGUAUUAUAAGCUUUGGUGCUAUUAGUAAAAAAAUGACAAAAAUGAAAUGAUUUUGAAUCAAAUCAGUUUGUCUACGGACUGGGAAUUGUGUAUUUCUUUGAUUAUGGAAGAUUAUUGCUACUUCCUGACUGGUUGAGAAGACACUAACCGAUGAAAUGUAGAAGAUGGAACUUAAAUGGAUGGUGCUUAAUGAGGAUCUCCAUCCUGAUUCGCACUUGUUAAUAUUAAUAUCUCACCUUGUGAGAGAUCCAAUGGAAACUUGCCCCUGCCAAAUUAUUGGUAUUUAGCGUCAUGUGUAGUUUAUGGAGAAGUUGAGGAUGGAGAUCCUGUUGUGUUGUGAUUACCAUCAAUCUGAGUUUUUUAACAAAUCAAGCAUUGGCAUUUUGUUAUCUGGAUCAUAGAUAAGCGUUGCUAUGCUGAUGGAGAAAAUUGUGGGUAUUUUGGUCACACUUGACUCCUCAUUAAGGUUUGUCCUACUGAGGUUCAUGGUUAACUCUCCCAUGCACUUUGGACAAAUCGAGCAUUCUUGACUUAUCCAUCAGGAAUAUUAGAAAUCUGCAUUGCCAGUUUGAAGCUAUGCGACUCCUUGGUCUUUUUACCCAUUUUGAGAAAAACUCAGUAGGGGCUUGGGUCGGCUAAUAACUUGAGUGGGAAUUCAAGUAUAAUUUAUGGAUGGAACUACUAUCUCGUUUCCAGUUUUGCUUAGCUCACAAUUUUUUAUAUUUGGGCAGCAGAAGCCAAGUUGCCUUGAAAGUUGAAACUCUCAUUGCCUUUUAGGUGCUGGAGUUUGUUCUCAAUUGGAUUGUGUAUUCUGAAUUUAUAAACAAUUUCUGCGAAAUGAAGUCGAAUGCUUGAACUUGAAA